UUGGAAAAAAGCGUCUGUUGAUACUGAUAAAAUAAUAUUGUAUUUUAUUUUAUUUCAUUGUUCGACAAGAAAUAAGAACAAGAUGAAUCUGUUACAUAAUUGAUUAAGUCAAUGUUUUUGAAGCCAUGGAGGCAGCAGAUUCUGAAACUUUAAGAAGUUGCGAUGCAGAAAAUGUUGUCAGAAUAAAUGGUGUAAAUAUUGAGCACAAUGGUAUUUGCAUAGAAAACAAAAAUAUUGAUGAUAUCGAGGGUUCUGAAGAUUUCGGCAGACAUGACAGUCAUGUUGUUGAUAACACCAAAAAGAAUACAAAUGAAGAAGACCCUGAUAAUUGUCAAGUGUCAGCAGAGGUAGAUAUAAAUGAAAGAAUGGUUAAUGUUGAAAAAGAUCAUGUUGAUGAUUUAGUAGGGUCGCAUUGUUCUAGUUUUAAACAAAAUGCUUCUGUACAUGUAGCUACAGGUGAUUGCAAUUUGGACACAAUCAAUCAGGAUGUUGCUAAAUCAUUUUGCUUACGGCAUGACGGCACAGAGGAAAGAGUGAAACUUGUCACAUCAUAUGAUUUAGAAAGUGUGGCUGAUGAUGUAGAAGAGAUAAUUUUGCCAGAUGAGCCUGUUGUCCGAAAUGAGAUUACUUGUUCAAACGAUAAAGAUGACUUUAGGAUGAAUACUAGUGUGAAUCCUGAACAUGUUGGAGAACAUUGGGUUACUAGAAAUCAGAAAACUUACGAAUUUCUGCCAUAUACAAAUGUUGAUAAACUAUUGUCGAAAUCUGGCUGUGAAGAAAGUGUUUUUCAUGAUUUACCUGAUGAACUCAUUAUUAAGAUAUUCUCAUUCUUAACCACCAAAGAACUCUGUCUGAAUGUAGCACCGGUUUGUCGCAAGUGGCGGCAAAUCUCAUUAGACAAUAGCCUUUGGAAAUGUCUUGAUUUUAGCUCUUAUCCGCACCUUUCAAGUUUGAAUCUGUUAUGGGUGUUAAAGCGUACACCUUUAUUAAAAAAACUCAUUGUUAGUGGUAGAGUAAAUGUGACACAUGCAGAGGUUGCCAUCAUUACUGAAUGCUGUCCAGGGAUUCAGGAGAUCGAUUUUGGAUUUUGUGAUAUCACGGGUGUUAUUUUGAAAUGUUUAACUGAAAACUGUCCAGAACUAAGGAAAAUUAAUAUUGAGGGAUGUGACAAACUAGAACAGGACAAGACUGUGAGGUAUUUAGUGAGAUGCAAAAAGCUUACUCAUCUGAAUUUCUCACACUGCAUGUUCUUUCAGGAUUCGGGCAUUAUAUUUUUAGCUGCAAGGCUUCCAGAAAUUAAAAGCAUUAAUUUGGAUGGAAUAAGUUUUCUUACUGACAGAGCGGUGCAAGGGUUGGUGGAGAAGCAUUAUCUGUAUCUGGAGGAGGUAGAAUUAGAUGGGGCAGAAAUAUCAGACUUGGGUGUAGAGCAACUGUCACACUGUAAACAGUUAAAACAUCUAGGUAUCUCAUUCUGUGAGUGUCUCACUGACCAGUCACUGCAAUAUCUAAAGGAAUUGAAGAAUUUGGUGAAUCUCAGAUUGCGUAAAGGGAGUGACUUCUCUCCACAAGGUCUCUCCAACUUCUUUAAGGAGGCAUCUCUGUCUAAACUACAGGUGUUGAAUCUCUCCGAGUGCUCGUUGAUUACAGAUGAGGUGAUUUUAGAUUUAGCUCAAGCGUGUGGCAAGCAGCUGCGUGAUUUGUCCCUAAGUUGGUGUUGGUUCCUGACAGAUACAGGACUUAUUUCUAUAGUGGACCAUUGCUGCAACUUGGAGAGCCUGGACAUUUUGGGUAUAGACAAAAUAUAUGGGGAGUGUUUAUCCCGGGUACCGGAGGAAAUGACUAGACUGCAGUUCCUUGAUCUUAGACAGUGCAAUAAGAUACUAGAUAACCUCAUUGUAGACAUGGUUCGAAGGAAAAAAGACCUGAGGGUGAUCAAUUACUAUGGAGAAGAAUUCAUACAUGAUUGAAAAUACAGACAAGGACUGCUUGAAUCAUAAACACAGAUCAUCUGCUAAUAGUUAUGCUGUGAUAGUUGCUUAUUGAUCCUAAACAUCCUAUUUUCUUAAAUGGACUUGUCCAACUUCCAUUUUGAAACAGUCCAUUGUCUCACAUAUAGGGAUGUCAUGAUGAAAUUGUCAAAGUUAGUCAGCCAACAAUAUCAAGUCUGUUCAGACUGCAUCAUGAAUUUUAAAAUUAUCCUGGCAAAGACUUCCAUUUAUUAUUAUGUAAACAAUUUGUUUACAAUAAUACUUAUUUCCCUAUCUAAUGCAAAGACAAAGCCAGCCACUAUGUAUUGUUUUGAAUGGCAACUAACAUUCAGUAUACACAAAAUCCUUUUUUUUCAAUCAUGAUCAUAUUUUGAAAAGGAAGCUCUUCCUUUAUUUUACAUUCCAAUGCCAUAUUGGUUUGGAAGUUCUUCCAAUGUUCAUCCAGAACAAAUUUAAAUAUUGAUAUGUACUUCCAUUAUUUAGCAUUCUCAUAGAAACUUUUUCUGUGUGUUUUCAAAAACAUGUUUUGACAUAGAAAAUUUCCAUUUUGUCAUUCCAAAAUGUGUUUUAAUGAGGAAGUAUCUCCACUUGUAUGGAAGUUCUUCCUUUACAAUAUAAGUGCUUCCUCAUGUUAGAGGUUCCUCCUCUUGUUGAAUUGUUCUUCAUCUUGUAUGUUACGGUAAUCUUUUUAUCUUGUAAAGAAAUGUUUCCUCUUGUAUGGAAAUUCUUCCUCUUGUAUGGAAAUUCUUCCUCUUGUAUGGAAAUUCUUCCUCUUGCAUGGAAAUUCUUCCUCUUGCAUGGAAAUUCUUCCUCUUUAAUGGAAGUUCUUCCUCUUGUAAUGAAAUGACUACUUUUUAGAUGUUAUGACCUUUUUUAAAUGUUAUGACUAUGUCUUUUUAUUAGACUUAUCUUAGAUGUUACAGACUUAAUGUGAAAUGUAAUCACAGGAAAGGAAAAUAUAUAUAUAUUAUUCUAUUAUAUAUUAAUUUGUGGCCUAGCCAUUUGGAUACCUAUAUUGGCCUUAUGUUCAGUUUCAUAUAACUAUACAUUAUCACAUGGCUUCUGUUGUGUUCAGUGUUAUGUAGCAAUUACUUAUUUCUUUAUAUUAUACAUGUUUGAUAUAUAAAAAAAAAAUCUUAUUGACAUCAUCAACUCUAUUUGAAGUCAAAGGGUGAAGAUAUUUUAAAUGUAGAGAAUCAUGCGAUGAUUUUAUCUCCUUUUCCUCUUUAUACAUGUAUAACAUGUGGUAGAAAAGAAUGGUAUAUUGGUUGCCAUUUUAUAUAGCAUUGCCUUAGACUAUUCCCAGAAAUGUUAUAAAGUUUGCCACAGGCUCACUUUAUUGGCAUGUUACAGUUUAUUAGUGUAUAUUUUACACUAAUGUGUAUAUUAUACACUAAUAAAUGAUAAUAUGAAAUGAGAAUUUGUGUAAAUGAAUGUACAUGAUUGACAACAAUGUCCAGAUUAUUUAAAAUUGUGAUUUUAUAAUUACCAUAUAUUUGUCUUUUAAUAUUCGAUAUAAUUUCACCUUAAAGUAUAUUACCGGUAUUAGUUAUAAAGACUUUUGACAUGUUAAAUGGCUUUAUAUAAUUGGUUGUAUAUAUCACCUGAGCCACUGGGCAAGGGUUAUAUUGCAAAAACUGUUUUUUUAGAGAAAAAAGUGAGACUUCUUCAUAAAUUGAAAAAACAUGCAGUAUUAUAAAAGACUCUGUAUUUGCUGUCUAUAGAUUGUAACACUAUUGUUUAUUUUGUGAUUAAAAUGAUUACAGUAUACCUAGAAUGGAAGAAAUUUGUCAGCAUAUUUUAUUGAAGGCAAGUAUGGCAUGUAUUGCCAAACUUACUUAACUAAGAAUAGCUGCAAAAUAUUUUGUUCUGGAACAUUUUAUUCUGUUUACAUACAAAAAUCAUGUAUAUUAAAUUACAUUGACAAUUUAUGCAACAAAUCUUUCAAGAAAUGACCAUUAGAUCAUGUAAACAACAUAAUUUUACUGUUUCUAAUUUUUCUAUAUAAUAUUUCAUCAGAUUUACCUUUAUAUACUUUAUAACAGCUUUAUUGAAUCUUAUGCAAACUUUUUAGGAAAGUUAAAUAGAAAUAGUGUACUUUUGACAUCGUAAAUGACAUCUAUAUCCUUGUGUGAGAUAUAGUAAAUCAUCUGUAGAGUAACAGCAUUUGAGAGUAUAGAUAGUUCCCGAUCUUAAAUAUAUUUUUACCUCCCUUGCCAAAAGUUGCAGCGAUUUUGGGGGUAAAUUUUCUAUAUAAUAUAAUUGCUAAAAUAUGAAGAAAAAAAUAUAUAUACAGCUGAUUUAAGUGAAUUGUAGGAUUUCUUUUAUACAUAUGCAGCAAAAUAUUAUUAUAGCACCAAUAUGUGAAAGAUUUUAUAUCAGUUUUCAUGAAGAUGUUAGAACUAUGAGAGAUUUUUAUCUUAUCAUAAGUAUGUGAUAUAUUUGGAAUGUCCCCUAAAAUGAUGGCCUGGGGGGGGGGGGGUUAUAAUUGCUAUGUGAAAAGCAUCUAUAACAUUUUGGUAUUUGAUAGGGGUUGAUCUAGACAGACUAAAUUCAGUGUGAGGUUUGCCCAUUUUGAGCAUUAUAUUGCACAUGUUUUUCAACAUUUGUUUUACAUAUUCUGUGUCUAUGAUACAUUUUAUAUUUGAGAUAUUCUCAAACACAUCAUUGUUAAUUACUAGUUAUAAAGAUCUGAUAGGUUAUAUGGCUGGAUAUAAAUGGUUGCUUGCAUAAUAUAACCUGCAUAAAUAAUCCAAGCUGCUAGGCAUGUUGCUACAACCAUUUAUAUAUGGCAAUUUAAGCUGUCAACAAAUUGUUUUUAACCUUUAUAUAACCUUUUAAGAAUCUGUAGGCUUGAACCUAGGAUACCUGGGUUGUGAGGCAGGCACUUUAAGCACAAGGUCACCACGUCAUUGUUGCUAUGUUGUGCUGUCUGUGUUCAGGCUCUACUGGUGUUACAAGAAACAGAUUUAUGCUUCUAAUUAUGAUGUCAAACUUAUUUAAUUGGCAUUAAUGAUGAAAAUAAGCUUCAAGCUUUCAACGUUAUCAAACUAAAAUGAAUAUAUUAAAACAUAUUUAUUACAUGCUUUUCGGUGGUUUAUAGAAAUAUAUCAGUGAUAUAAAACUGGUAAUUUCACUGUUUGAAACAGUGAAAUUACCACUUUGAUAAUUUCACUGUUUUGAAUUUAAGCCCCUUACGUUGUUUCAGUGAAAUACCAGCGUGCACAGUACAGGGUACCAACUUAAUGACGUGACGUCGUAAAUGACGUCACAUUGUAUUAUUUUUUGGCGCGCUUUUCAUUCAGUAUUAGAUUUAAUGUCUUUUUAAAACGUUUUUUUGCAUGUAAUAAAAAGAAAAUUUGUUUAGUUUAGUGUAAGAUCGAAAUAUAUUUCAUCUUGUGAACACCAAAAGUUCAUAUUUCACCCGUGGCUGCGCCACUUGUGAAAUAUACCUUUUGGUGCUCACUCGGUGAAAUAUAUUCCGAUCUUACACUGAACUAAACAAAUAUCCUCUAUAUAAAUCAGCCAAUAAAAUAAUUGAAUUGAAUUUUUUUAGCAUAUUAUCAAUGUUUUAUCUUUUCUCCACUGACAUUUGGUCCUUUAUCUGUUGAGUUUUUCUAAUGGAUCUGCCCUAAUUUUAAUUUGGAACAAUCCAGUCAAAGUUUAAAGGAUUUUAAUUUCAAUACUCAAAAAUACAGCUUUGAUAAUGUAAAAUACAUGUUCAUAGUUUCACUGUAUAUUGUUAAUUACUAUGCAUUAUAUUUUUGUUUGUCAAAGGUGUUGCAUCCAUCUAAUGCUAGUAAAAGUUUUAAGUUAAUACCCAUUCUUUUAGUAAGAAAUUUUAGCAAAUAAUGUCACUACUAGAUAUGUCUGAUCAACUCAAAUGUGUCUAAAAUUCAUCCCUCUUCUUUACCUUGAUUAUUGUCACACAUUGAAUUUGGAACUGCCCAUUCAAAGUUGAAGGGAUUUCAAUAUCAAAACACAAAAAUUGAGCGACCAACAGAAUAGGAUGGUCUGUCCCUAUACUGGUAUUCUAGGCCAAUUAUCUCUAAUAAUCAAACAAGUUAAAUACAUUAUAUAAUGCACUCCCCCACUCCCCAGCAAGGGCAAGGAUAAUGGAGUAUAUGAACGAUGAACGGAGUUCUUAACUCUCAUCUGUCCCUUAACAGCUGGGUUAAUAAUGUUAUUUUGUCGCCAAAAUGGCAAAGGAUUUGGCCAAGUCACAGUGCUGAGUCUUUAGCGUCAAUUUUAUUUUCUGACUGUCCCAGCAGAGUGGUGCUGUUACAAGGGUUUGGUAAUCCAAUGGUCAAAGCCCCAAUCAUUCAGCAGGGGUGGAUUGGCAGUGGUUUCAAUUGACUAGUGCUUUAAUUGGCUGAUUUUUACAAGCAAUUAGUGGAUGUAACACCUUAAUUAUCAUGCUACAUGUGAUAAUAUAUGAACAUAUUACAAGUAUUAUGUGAUAUCAUAUUGAUAUGUGUUAUUUAUUUAUUUAUUGGCAUGCCUAAUGUGUUUUAUUGAGUUUAUGGGAAAUCUUUUGUUAUCUACUUUUUUUAAUUUCUUUGAGCUUCGAAGCUGUGACUAUUAAUGAAAUAAAAUAAACUAAAAAACUUA